AUGGCGCUGCGGCGCGAUCCGCGGAUGCUUAAGCUACCCCCAUAUCUUUCCUUCGUCUGUAUCGCUGUGGGCUUUGCCUGGCUCCUCCUACUUCCGCUCGAGAAUUAUUCUAGACGGACCUACAUAUCCGAAAAUGCCUUGCUACCUGGACAGGUGCACACAUACUUUGGGGGGAGCGAGCAAAACGUCUUCAGAGCCUACAGACGCGAGCUGGAUUUACUGGAAAGCAAAAAUAAUCACCAGAUCAAUGACCAGAUUGAGAGCUUUCUGAAAGAGGUCGGCGUCAAAGUUGGACGGCAAAACUAUACAUACCAUUAUGCAGGGAAUGAGCAUUCUGGCGAGAACAUUUACGGCAUUCUUCAAGCGCCUCGCGGCGAUGCUACAGAAGCGAUCGUUCUGGUUGCGGCAUGGAAGACUGUCAAUGAGGAGAUGAACCGUAAUGGAGUCACUCUCGCGCUCACUCUCGCACGCUACUUCAAGCGAUGGUCUCUCUGGUCCAAGGACAUCAUUAUCCUUAUUCCGCCCGACAGCAAAGCCGGAACUCAAGCAUGGGUUGACGCCUAUCACGACGCACAUGAUUCCAGAAACGUUGCUCCGCUACCAUUGAAGUCUGGUGCACUUCAAGGCGCUCUAGCUCUCGAUUACGCACUCGAUCAUCGCUUUGAAGCGCUUCAUAUCAUUUACGACGGAACCAAUGGCCAGUUGCCUAAUCUGGAUCUAAUCAACUCGAUGGUCAACAUUGCCGGAGGACAGAUGGGGGUUCAUACUGCCAUUCAAGACAUGGAAAGCCACUCAAACACUUAUCAGGACAGGCUGCAUACGAUCCUGCGAAGUAUGGUGAGGCAGAGCCUCGGGCUUGCAACAGGUCCCCAUAGCAGCUUCAUUCCAUACCAUGUCGAUGCGAUCACCCUGCAGCCAUACGGAGAAGGCUGGCAUGACGAGAUGACUUUGGGAAGGAUUGUCGAGGGCACCUUCCGGAGUCUCAACAAUUUGUUGGAGCAUCUGCAUCAAAGCUUUUUCUUCUAUCUUCUCAUCCACAGAGAUCAUUUUGUCAGCAUCGGUACAUACCUUCCAAGCGCCAUGCUUUUGGCUGCCAACUUCAGCAUCAUGGCUAUUUUUCUGUGGGUUAAGAGUGGACAGGUGCCUCAAACGCAAACGCAAGCUUCCGGUAACCCCAAAUUACCUGUUGUGAAGAAUUUCAUUGGAGCUGAAUCGUCUACCGUUGAGAGAGAUCUCUUUUUACCCCUCUCCGUCGUUAUAACAUGCCAAACGCUUUCCGUUAUACCGUUGUUCACGUUCAACAACAUCUCAAGUUCGAUCUUAUCCCCUGCCUUCGCCAUGUUCACAUUGACAUCAGUCCUGCUACCGUGGCUCAUUUCGCACUUUCUGUCACUUUCCAAAGCGACUGUGCAGCAGUAUCAACUGAUAAAAUCAUUCUCUCUUCUGUUUCUUGGCAUGUCACUUGCGACGUUAGCGACACUGAAUUUCUCUCUGGCGUUUCUUGUAGGAAUGCUGGCUACGCCCUUCACUUACGUGCGAACCUCGAGGACCUUCGCUGUCAGGUUAAUGCUUGCCGGCUUGUUGACUGCCAUUGCACCGCCAGUAAUGGUCUACUCAUCCUCUCAGGUUUUGAACAUACCUGUUCCUGACAUUCUGAUGGAGGCAAGCUUCGGUUGGAAUGUCUGGGGGAUGUAUACACCGAUUGUUGUCUGGUGUGUUUGGUGGCCCUCGUGGGUACUUGGCAUGGUCAAUGUAGUUGGUUCUCCAGUAGACUAG